AUGUCGUACGACACAGUGUUAGAACUGGUCGGGGAAUUUGGACGAUACCAGAAGCGGUCACUGUUCCUGGUCACCCUCCUGUGCUGUCCGCACGGCAUUCAGGUACUUCUCACCGUCUUCACGAUGGCCAGCACAGAUUUCAGGUGUGCUGUCCCCGGACUGGAAAAUGACACGUAUGAGAUUCAGAACGAGUUCCACCAGAGACUGAUCAACGAAUCUAUUCCAUUCAACGAAAGGGAGGGUAAGUACGCCGAGUGUGACGUCUAUGCGGCCUGGAAUGUGUCUGGAGUCAGUUCUCCCCCUUCAGCCACCGGGAACGACAGACUGGUGACCGAGUGUACCUCAUGGGUUUACAGCCAAGAAAUCUUCACCUCAACGUAUGUGACCCAGCUGAACCUGGUGUGCGGUCGGCAGAUCCUGAGUACUCACGUGAACAUGCUGGGCAUGGCUGGCUUGAUGUUUGGUUCUGUGGUCGGUGGUCUGAUGGGGGACAGGUUCGGACGCAAAGCGGCCAUGUUGGUUUUCAUCUUCCUACAUGCCAUUGGAGGCUUCUGCCUGGCUCUUGUCACUUCCGUUGUUCAUCUGCUCAUUUUGAGGUUCCUAGAAUGCGCUGUUGGAUUCGCCUUCUUCAUGAUUGGAUUUACAUGGUGCAUGGAGCUCUUAGGGCCUGCAAAAAGAGCUAUGGCUGGGAUGUUGACAAUGGUGGGAUGGGUCAUUGGCAUGUUCCUCAUCACGCUGAUGGCUUACUUUGUCCGAGACUGGUGGACUUUGCAACUCAUAAUGUCCUCCCCAACUAUUCUAUUUCUGUCCUACUACUGGCUCAUCCCAGAAUCCCCAAGAUGGCUUCUAAGUAAAGGACGUGUUGAGGAAGCUGGAAAGAUCAUAUUCAAUAUGGCGGUCGCGAACGGUGCUGCAAGUUCUCUGGACAAGGAGCAGAUUUCGUCUCUUUGUGAACACAGCGUGGCUUCGGAGGCUGAGACCACAGACUUGAGCCAAGCCGGGAGCAGCAAUGUGCGACGUAUCUUCAAGUCCCGAGUCAUGGUCAUGCGACUCCUCAUAUUGUGCUUAAACUGGGCUGUAUGCUCCAUGGUAUACUAUGGACUGACCCUCAACGUAGGAGCUAUCAUCGAAGGAGACCUCUUCAUGAACUUUCUCAUUGUAACUUGCAUGGAACUGGCAGCCUACAUACUAUGCAUUGUUGCACUAGACUGGGCCGGCCGGAAGUUGCUCUACUGCAGCUGUCUGCUGCUCAGCGGGUGUGCAUGCUUGGCAACAGCAGUCCCUUUCCUCAUAGGCACAGACGUGGUGUGGGUAAACGUGGUGCUCUCCAACGUGGGCAAGUUUGGUGUGACCGUCUGCUUCGCCGUGGUGUACGUGUUCACCGUGGAGGUGCUGCCCACUGUCGUCAGGAACUCCGGCCUGGGAGGCUGCUCCUUCAUGGGCAGGAUCGGCUCGAUUAUCUCCCCUUUCAUUGCGAACUUCAACUUCAUUAUCGGAGGCAAGCUUGGCAAAGUUUUACCCCUUCUGAUAUUUGGAGGAUCGGCUGUCAUUGCCGGAUUUCUCUCCUUGCUCCUGCCAGAGACGAAGGGCAAGAGACUUCCGGGAACAAUUGAGGAAGCGGAAACUUUUGAUCAUGAUCCAUGUCUUUGUCUGGCACUGGUGGGUCAAGGUGGGGAUGAAGAUAGAGUUAAUGAGUUUGGCUUUGGUCUCAGUGGGGAUGUUGGGAUGUUUGAGGAGUGA